AAAAAAAAUUAAUGAAAGUGCGCUAACACUCUGUAAAAGUUAAAGUUAAAAAGGCUUCGUAUAUUUCAUUCGCCCAGGAUGACGGACUCAAAAUACUUCACCACAACUAAGAAGGGUGAAAUUUUUGAACUCAAAUCUGAGCUUAACAAUGACAAAAAGGAGAAGAAAAAAGAAGCAGUUAAGAAGGUGAUUGCCAGCAUGACUGUAGGAAAGGAUGUAUCGGCUUUAUUUCCCGAUGUUGUGAACUGCAUGCAGACCGAUAACUUGGAGCUUAAAAAGUUGGUUUAUCUAUAUUUGAUGAAUUACGCAAAGUCGCAACCCGAUAUGGCCAUCAUGGCAGUCAACACGUUUGUUAAGGACUGUGAGGACACGAAUCCGCUAAUCCGUGCAUUAGCCGUGCGCACUAUGGGUUGCAUUCGAGUGGACAAGAUUACCGAGUACUUGUGUGAACCACUGCGGAAAUGUUUGAAAGAUGAGGACCCGUACGUCCGCAAAACCGCUGCGGUGUGUGUAGCCAAGCUGUACGAUAUCUCCAGCUCGAUGGUGGAAGAUCAAGGAUUUCUGGAUCAAUUGAAGGAUCUCCUAUCGGAUUCAAACCCAAUGGUAGUGGCAAACGCCGUAGCUGCAUUGAGUGAAAUCAAUGAAGCUAGUGCUAGCGGACAACCACUGGUGGAAAUGAAUUCUGCAACCAUCAACAAACUGCUGACGGCGCUGAACGAAUGCACCGAGUGGGGCCAAGUAUUUAUACUUGAUUCACUGGCGAAUUAUACACCGAAGGACGAACGCGAGGCCCAAUCGAUCUGUGAACGUAUUACUCCGCGAUUGGCCCACGCUAAUGCCGCGGUUGUGCUGAGCGCAAUCAAGGUCCUCAUGAAGCUGUUGGAAAUUUUAGCCGGAGAUAAUGAUUUUUGUUCAAUGCUGACUAAAAAACUCGCUCCACCAUUAGUAACGCUGCUCAGUUCCGAGCCCGAAGUUCAGUAUGUGGCUCUCCGAAACAUAAAUCUCAUCGUGCAGAAGCGUCCUGACAUUUUGAAGCAUGAGAUGAAGGUAUUCUUUGUGAAAUACAAUGAUCCGAUCUACGUGAAGCUGGAAAAGUUAGACAUCAUGAUUCGAUUGGCGAACCAGAGCAACAUCGCUCAGGUUCUGAGUGAGUUGAAAGAGUAUGCCACCGAGGUUGACGUAGAUUUCGUUAGAAAAGCAGUUCGAGCAAUUGGACGUUGUGCGAUAAAGGUGGAACCGUCUGCCGAACGAUGUGUUUCUACUUUACUUGAUCUCAUCCAAACAAAAGUAAACUACGUUGUGCAAGAAGCAAUCGUCGUGAUAAAAGACAUUUUCCGCAAGUAUCCUAACAAAUAUGAGAGUAUCAUUAGUACGCUGUGUGAAAAUUUAGACACUCUUGACGAACCGGAAGCACGUGCUUCGAUGGUAUGGAUCAUUGGAGAAUACGCGGAGCGAAUUGACAAUGCGGAUGAACUGUUAGAUGGUUUCCUGGAAGGUUUUCAGGAUGAAAAUGCCCAGGUACAGCUGCAAUUGCUCACAGCCGUGGUUAAACUAUUUUUAAAGCGCCCCGCAGACACGCAGGAACUUGUCCAACAUAUCCUUUCACUCGCCACACAAGAUUCGGACAAUCCUGAUUUGCGUGAUCGUGGAUUCAUUUACUGGCGCUUGCUUUCGACGGAUCCGGCCGCAGCGAAGGAGGUCGUUUUGGCCGACAAGCCGCUCAUCUCAGAGGAAACAGAUCUGCUUGAACCAACACUGCUAGAUGAACUGAUCUGUCACAUUAGCUCACUGGCAAGCGUAUACCAUAAACCCCCAACGGCGUUUGUAGAGGGGCGUGGUGCAGGUGUCCGGAAAUCUCUCCCGAACCGUUCGGCGUCCGCAGCAGGCGAGGACAACACCUCCGUGCCGGAAGCCACUGUCAUUCCCAACCAGGAAUCAUUGAUUGGCGAUCUGCUUUCAAUGGACAUUGGGGCUCCUGCAGCUCCAGCUGCUCCGGCUCCGGCGAGCAGCAACGUGGACCUUCUCGGAGGCGGACUUGACAUUCUGCUCGGUGGAGGUACUGUUCCGGCUAAUGAUACCGCACCAGCAUCAACUGCAGCUGCUGGGGGAUCGGCUGCUGGAGGGUUACUUGGCGAUAUUUUCGGUAUUGGCCCGGUGAGCAGCACAAAUAUGAUCCAGAUUCCGAAAAUCACCUGGUUGCCGGCAGAUAAGGGAAAAGGGCUCGAAAUUCAAGGAACGUUUUCUCGUCGAGCCGGACAAGUAUUCAUGGACAUGACGUUUACCAACAAAGCAAUGCAAGCUAUGACUGGCUUUGCUAUUCAGUUAAACAAAAACAGUUUUGGACUGGUUCCGGGUGCUCCAUUACAGGUAGCUCCGUUACAACCUUCACAAUCAGUGGAAACGUCUCUCCCUCUGGCCACAACCGGACCGGUUCAGCGGAUGGAACCACUGAACAACCUGCAGGUGGCUAUCAAGAACAACGUAGACAUUUUUUAUUUCGCCUGUCUGGUGCACGGAAAUGCGCUUUUCGUUGAAGACGGACAACUAGAUAAGCGCGUUUUUCUGACAACCUGGAAAGAGAUACCGGCUGCGAAUGAGAUGCAAUAUAAUCUGCAUGGUAUUGUCGGCACGGCGGAUACUGUUGCCGCAAAAAUGACUGCUAACAGCAUUUUCACUAUCGCAAAGCGUAACGUAGAGGGCCAAGAUAUGUUGUACCAGUCACUCAAGCUGACAAAUAAUAUUUGGGUACUGCUGGAGCUGAAGUUAUCGCCCGGAAGCUCCGACGCAACACUCAGUUUGAAAACGCGUUCCGUUGAAGUUGGUUCGAUCAUUUUUGCAGCGUAUGAGCAGAUUAUUCGUUCUCCAUAAAUUUCUCCAAUUUCACAAUGCGUAGAAUUUAAUUGAAAAAUUGUUAUAUUCCAGUAGAAUGUAAACGCUAAGCAAAUAUGCAAUAGGGUAUCGUUAUGAACAUGAACAUAUACAAAAAAUGUCUGGGAAUACCCUUUCUCUCCGUAGGGGAAGAAUAGUUAUCAUGCAAAAGAUCUAUUUAAGAAACUAUACUAUUCUACGAUGCAAUUGUUGUACUCAUUCAUAGUGAACAUCAUAAAUUUGAAUAUAUAUACUAAUAAGCGUCUAUCUUCGUAGCUCAAGAUAAAAAUCGCAAGAUAAUGCAUAAAAUAGUAAUGAUUUGAUAUGUAAUGAGAGUCCAAAUAACAUCAUGCGAAACAAAAUAAAGAUUAUUCCAACGUAUAUACAAAAAAAUGAAAAAAAUGUUGUGGGUUUCAUCGUUUAGAAAUAAUAAGAUUCAUUUAUUAGUAU